AUCAGGAGUUGUUUUUUUGGUUUGUAGGUUUUGUCUCUGAAAACGAAAGAAAUUAAACCGAUGAUUUUUAAUUCCCUUUAUGAAAACAGUCUCUUUCUCUCUCGGUAGAAUUUCUUUAAAUAUUGAUGAUUUCCCUCAAGGCCAAAAGUCCAUUUUUAUUACUCACACACUCCCCCCCCCUCUCUCUAAACUCUGAAACUAAAUUUUUCGGUUUUUCCGUUUGUUUCCCGGGAGAAGUCUCAAUUCCUUCCCGGAAAGCCUCUUUCUUUUCCAGAUACUGCACAUAGCUUUUAACCUUCCAAUUAUAGUAUUUUCUCUCAUGAAGAGCAGCCAGUGAAGAUUUUGCUGAUAAUUGGAAGUCAUAGAAGAAAAUGUCUUCAACCAAGGCUGAUAGGAAGGCGGCUGAUGAUGCAGCCUCAUGGCUGUUCAAUGUUGUCACAUCUGUUGGAAUCAUCCUGGUCAAUAAGGCCCUGAUGGCUACAUAUGGUUUUAGUUUUGCUACAACAUUAACUGGUCUGCAUUUUGCCACAACAACAUUGUUAACUGUUGUUCUUAGGUGGCUGGGUUAUAUCCAGCCUUCCCAUCUACCACUGCCUGAUCUUCUGAAGUUCGUUUUGUUUGCAAACUGUUCUAUUGUUGGAAUGAAUGUGAGUUUGAUGUGGAACUCGGUUGGAUUUUAUCAGAUCGCAAAGCUGAGUAUGAUCCCAGUAUCUUGUUUUCUGGAAGUUGUCUUGGACAAUGUGCGGUAUUCAAGGGACACAAAGCUUAGCAUAUUAGUAGUUCUCCUUGGUGUGGCAGUGUGUACUGUUACGGAUGUGAGUGUUAAUGCCAAAGGGUUUAUAGCUGCUGUAAUAGCAGUUUGGAGCACUUCCCUGCAGCAGUAUUAUGUACACUUUCUUCAACGGAGGUAUUCUCUAGGAUCUUUCAACUUAUUGGGGCACACUGCUCCUGCACAAGCUGCAUCUUUGCUGUUAGUAGGGCCCUUUUUGGACUAUUGGUUGACAAACAAUAGAGUUGAUUCCUAUGCCUACAGUAUCACAUCCAUUUUGUUCAUACUCCUGUCGUGCAGCAUCGCAGUAGGGACAAACCUCAGCCAAUUCAUUUGCAUUGGCAGGUUUAGUGCUGUGUCAUUCCAAGUGCUUGGACAUAUGAAGACAAUUCUUGUCCUGAUCUUGGGAUUUAUUUUAUUUGGGAAAGAGGGUCUCAAUCUUCAUGUAGUUAUAGGUAUGAUCAUUGCAGUAAUAGGAAUGAUCUGGUAUGGCAAUGCCUCAUCUAAGCCCGGAGGGAAGGAGCGUCGUAGCCUAUCAAUGAAUGGCAACAAACCACAAAAACAUGAUGUGUUACCAGAAUCCACCGAGGUGGAUGAGAAGGUUUAGGGUUUCAGUCAAAGGUUGGAAAAGAAAAGAGGAAGCGGACACGGGUGCACUCAGCAUUUUAUAUCAGCUGAUUUCAGGAACUCUUUACACAUGGAGAUCAUAGUCCUUGACUAAAUUUUUUUCAUCAUAGAUUGUUUUCUUGUUCUUAAAUUAAUUCAGGUAAAGGAUGCUGUCGAGUGGGAUGCUAACUCCCCAAAGUUACGUUGUCCACAAUCAUCUGCUAUAGUAAUUUAUUUCCUUUGAUAUAA